CACACAUAAUCUGAGACAUAAAUUUAUGCUUUUUUUUUUUCAUUCUUUUCUUUGUAUCUUUUCAAAAAAGAAAGUUAUCUAUUUUUUUUUUCUUUCAUUUAUUUAUUUAUUUAUUGAAACUAGGGUAUUAAUAGUCUUGGCCCAAUGAUUUAAAGCAAGAAAAAACAAGAAAUGCAAGAAACAUCAUAUUGCAGGUGAUUAGAGUCCCCUUGAGUUAUAAAUCACACCCCACGUUCACUCUCAACCUAUUACUACUGUUGCCUUCCAGUCUUGCCCCUUUGCAUAUGAUCAUUUGCAACAGUAGUAUGACCUUUGUCCCAACUGACUUCAUGUUUCAAAUCCAUGAAGACAACCACCCUCCUUCCACUUCUCCCCAUGUCCUCCCCUCCUAUCCAUCUCAAGAAUUCCAAGGUGUUUCACCACCCCUAAUGAGGAGAUCCAUAUCGUUUUCGGGUGUUGAAAGGUGUGAGCAAGGAGUGCAUGGAGAAGAUGAGAUGUCUGAUGAUGGAUCACAAUUGCUUGGGGAGAAGAAGAAGAGGCUAGACACUGAACAAGUGAAGGCACUUGAGAAGAGCUUCGAGUUGGGCAACAAACUUGAGCCUGAGAGAAAAAUUCAGUUGGCAAGGUCUCUUGGUCUGAAACCAAGACAAGUGGCUAUAUGGUUCCAAAACAGGAGGGCUAGGUGGAAGACCAAGCAAUUGGAGAAAGACUAUGACUUCUUGAAGAAACAGUUUGAGGCUCUCAAGGCUGACAAUGAUGUCCUUCAUGUUCACAACCAACAACUUCAUGCACAGCUAUUGGCUCUUAAAAAUAAAGAAACAACAGGAAGUGGAGCUAUUAAUCUCAAUAAAGAAACAAAGGGUGGUUCUUGGAGCAAUGGAAGUGAGAACACUUGUGAUGUCAACUUUAGUACCACUACAACACCACCACCAGCAACAGACAGCCCACCAUAUUCUCAUCCAACCAAUACACACAUCUUCCCUUCCCCAAAUGAGCCUGCAACUACUUCUUCCCAACUCCUCCCAAGCUCAUCAAGAUCAUCAGACCACCUCCAAUUCCACAAAAUCGAUCAGAUGGUUCCGGAUGAGAAUCUCUGCAACAUGUUUAGUGGCAUCGACGAUCAACCGAGCUUGUGGGUGUGGCCAGAACAACAACAUUUUCAAUGAGUCCAACCAAAAUUUUCUCCAACAGUGUGUUAUUCAGGCAUGAUAGUUUAACCGAAAAAUCUAGCGGAAAGUUUCUUAUAUAAUAAAUUAACUUACACCUUGAAAUGCAGCUGUUUUGGUCUGU